AAAAUAAACAUUAAAACAUUUAUUUGAUAAUUUAAAUUGUUAGUGUUGAUUUUAGCCAAUUAAUAAUUAAAAUCUUACCUUAUCCUGAUGUUAGUGAUGUAUAAAGUUAUCAAAAUGCAAGUUUUCACGAUAUUUGAAUCGCAUGAGCCUUUUACAUAAUUAAAAAAUUAGGAAAACUUAUUUUAAAAUUAUUGUGGAAUUACGUUCCUUAUUUAAAUCUUUGACUGUUUUAAAUAUUUUUGCUAACAAAAUAAAUCAUAAAACAAUUGAAAGUUAGCUGUUAAUCAAUUUAUUCACCUAUAAAAGUGCAAUCAUACAUCAAUAAGCUAUUUUAAAUCAUCAGACAUCCAUUAUGUUUGUAAGAAUGUGAAAUUUAAAUGUUAAGUAGAAAUUUAUUCUCUGAUUAACUAGAAUAUUUUCAUAAAGUUAAAAUAUUAUCAAUACUAAACGUAUGAGAAAAUAGUUGCUGUUCGUUAUAGAUAUUUGAAACCCAGUUGCUGUGGUUAUUUUGUUAUAAAUAAUUGAUUGAUAUUUAUAAAUGGCAAAACUUGAGUAGGUUAAAAAGGUAGUUUUUUAAUAAUAAAUUUUAUUUUGGAGUAAUUACAAUUGUGUUACCGAUUUUCUAAAAAUGUACUUUGUUAUUUUAAUAAGUAAAAAAAAAUUGUUUAUUAUUUUAAGAUAGCUCAAAAAUUACUAAUACGAUGAAUAUCAAGAAAAUUGAUAUUCUCAACCAUGAUUUUUCAAGAAAGCUAGAUCAUAAAAAAAGUGAUAAACCAUGUGAUACCUCAGUGCCUUCAAAAUUAUCUACUCAUGAAUAUAUUAAUAAGAAGAGCAUUAACUACAAAAUCGAAAGAUUACGCAAACUUAUAUCUGAUCCAAUAACUCGAGAAAAUGAGAUUUGGAUUGAUAGAUUACUUAAUAGUUGUCUACGAGAAAUCGGGCAUCAGGGAUACGUAUCCUUAAUAUUUUUGUUUUAUAAAUUCAUUUAUUUUGCUACAAUUCUAAAAUUAAAAUAUCUUUCAUUUGUGAUCGACGUGUUGCAAUUUUUAUCGUGGAAAUCAAACGAAAGAUCAGAAUAUAAACGACACUUAAAUGAUAUGAUAAAUUUAUGUGCUUACUCGCCAUUACUCGAGGGUUUCUCUGAAAAUUCCUUGCAUUCUGAAACGUUAGAAAAUUACUUUACUGUUUUAGGAUAUUUAACUAUUUUGUUACCAUGCCAAGAACAAGUUAUAAACAUUCUCAAAUCUUUAAGCAAAUUAUUAAAUCGAUCGAGUCUUAGCAAUAAUUUUACUUUAAAAUUCGAAAUUUGCUGUCAGUCUAUUGAAAAAUCAGAACUUCCAUUCAUUAUUGUUAAGUUAAUAGAAAUUAGUCCACCGAAAAUGUAUACAAAAGUUUUAGAUACAACUUAUGUUUUAGCAUCAGUAUCUAAGAUUUGUUGUGAGUUUAUAAAAUUUUAA